UACUUUGCGGCCAAUGGAUUUUCGUUUUGAAAUGAGAAAACCAAAAUCGGGAAACGAGCUGUUUCCCGAUUACCAUAUAGAGAUAGGAAAACAAAAAUCUGAAAAUGACCCAUUUUCCGAAUUUUGUUUUGAUAAUAGAAAACGGAAAACGGUAAAACGACCAGUUAUCUGAUUUUCUUUGAUGUGCUUAAACAUGGACAUCGGGAAUUAAAAUACUGCGUGGAAAUCUUCUUUCUCAAUUUUGCGAAUAUUUUUGUGUUGUGACCCGGAAGCUAUCAGUAGUUGGCGCGCGGUGUAUUUAAUUUGGAGCCAAGCUAUCAGUAGUUGGCGGUGUAUUUAAUUUGGAGCCAGACAUCCUUGAGACGCACCUCAAAAUGGCAUUGCACGAAUAUGCAGGUUUUAUUUCAGAACACCGAAAUAAUGGAAUGUCCUGUGGGGAUAUCGCCACUGCGUUAUGCACCCAGUUUGGAACUACACGGGGGUUUUCCGAGAGGAAUGUGCGGAGGUGGUGUGCUGAGCAGGGGCUUGUCAGGGACUUCUGCCCUGAUAGUCAACUUGAAGUUGAAGUCGCUGAAGGUAUUCUCGAGACUGGAUCGUCUUUUGGUCGAAAAAUGAUGACUGGAUAUCUAUCCGCAAAAGGGGUUAAAGCUUCUGAAGGCAGAGUGGGCAAUGUGUUGAGAAGUAUUCAUCAACCCUACCACAUUGCAAGACAGCAGGGUGCCCGGAAUCUGAACCCCAUACCCUACAAUGCAGAAUACAUGGGUCACAAGCUGCAUGUAGAUCAGAAUGAGAAGCUUGUUAUGUUUGGAGUGACUCAUGUUAUGGCUAUCGAUGGUUUCAGCAAGAAGGUGGUCGGUCACUCCACCAUGCCAAUAAAGAACAACAUCGUGAUUUAUGAGGAAGUGUACCGGCCUGCUGUUCUUUCCUAUGGAAUAUGGGACCAGGUCAGAGUUGACUGUGGGAAAGAAUUCUAUCUGGCUUUAUUCAUCCAGGAAAAACUGGCAGAACAUCGACACAAUACUCAAAGGCAGCCCUACCUUCAGACACCUUCUACAAGGAACCAUGUGAUAGAGAGAAUGUGGUCGGAGGUGAAUGCUCGAGUCAACUACCCUUUGAAGACAGCUCUGGUACAGCUGGUGGACCAGGAGGAACUGGACAUGGAGGACAACACAUCCAGGUAUUGUGUGUCAAACCUGACAUGCCAGCUGGCUAGGAUUGGCAUCACAAAUGUCGUACAGGCAUGGAAUGCACACAGGAUCCCAGGAAGGGGAAUACCAAACGAACUGGCUAAAGAAGGGUGUCCUGCAAAACUUUCUGAGGACCUUCUGCCAGUCGGUGCAGUUGCAGCUGACCUGUAUCAGCAGGAAAUGGGAUCAGCCUUGAAAAGAGAAUCCAUUUUUGGAAGUGAUCCUUUCCCCUCUGAAGAAGCCCAACAAUGGACUGAAACUGAGUUUGGUUCUCUCUUUGAUUUGCUAUCCCUCUUCCAAAAUGUGGUUAACCAUAACUAUGGCCCUUUUAAAAAUGCAGUGAGGUCUCUGAUUGAUAUCACCUCAAGACAUGUGCGACCUGUUACACAGUGACCUGCAAUGGUCAAUGAAGAAGCAGUAUACCAAAAAUAACAUUU